UCUCUCAGCUGUCUUUCUUCUCUCUACUCUCAAGUCAAAAGGCCUGUUUGUGGUGGGUGUUCCUCCUCCUCCCUCUCCCUUCCCCUUCUGAGGCCCAUUAUCCUGCCCCUUCCGGCCAGGCUGAAGUCAGGCCCAUCACCCAGGUCAAACUCGAGACUGAUCCUUUAGUCCGUGCGGAUUUACCCCUUUUGUCCUCGAGUCUGGUCUUCUGGUUCUGGGCGUUCAUGUCGGACCCAUCGGGCCCUUCAGCGGCCGAUCUGUACAACGACGCGCGUUUCACGGCCGAUAUUUCGACUCGCAUGCGCGUCCCCGACCGCAUCGUCAUGUCCGGCGAGUCUAGUCCCACCCACAGCACGGCCAGUGGGUUCAGUUCGGGCUCCACGGGCCACACGGGCAAGCUCAACGACCUGGGCAUGGCUCGUCGCGAUCCGCGGCUGGACAUGCAGGUGCCGGAUCGGAUCCUGUUGGCCGGUGGGCACGCCCACAUUGCCUCCAAGAGCACGCCUCGGGAGCUGCAAUUGGAAAGGGCCUUUCUGCCGCCCACUUCCGAGCAGGUCCGGGUGUCCACGCCCCCUAGAAGUAUCCGAUUGGAUGAGCACGCCUUUCCUUCGGCGGCCGAAGAGGAUGCCUACUCGAACUCGACGUUGGAAGGACCUGAGGAUUACUUCCAGUCCCAUCGGAACGCCGGAGGGUAUCCGCGUCCCAGCCAAUCCUCGCCUUUGUCGGAGGCGGGUCAGAAUUUGAAGGAGGCCCAUGCCCUGGCUCUGAUGUCAGACACAUUGCCCGACUCGUUUCAAGCUCAACAACUGCCCAAUCAUUUGAGUCCGGGGCAGGAGAUGCAAAUGCUCCGACGACAAUUGGCUAAGCUCAACCAUCGCUUAAUGGCAGUGGAACUGGAAAAUCAGCAGCAACAGCAACGUGAAAUGAUCCUGACCGUGCUCGUGUCCGUCUACUUCAUUGGCAAAGUGGUCAUGUGGGUGAAUCGAUCCCUGUGAAGGAAGCGGUCGCCUCCGCUCGUACCGUCAAACAAUCCUUUCAUGAUUCACUCGUUGAGCCAAUACACCCACCCAAUUGAAUUGGCAUUGGCCAUCAUCACUUACGAUACAUCCAUUGACCAGCACACAUCUAUAUUUAGUCAUCGUUAUAGUUUGACGAGAACCAUUCUGAUGGGCGGUCCGUGGCCUUUGUCCUGACCUGUCCUUCUCUUUAUCUAUUUUGGGGCACUUUUGAUCUGACUUCAGGAAAAAUAUAUCCAUCAAUUGGCCACCAUCA